UGUACAAAUGCUCUUACUUGCGCUGUUAAUCUAUUUCGUCUGCACAGCAGCACGACGGCCAAUGAUGCCACCAGUGACUCUAGCCAUUUUCCCACCUGAGCACCUGACCAAAUUGUCCGCAUAUGGAGUUGGAGGAGCUCUGCAAAGACACUCAAUCAAAAGUUUAAUGCGCGGAAUGCCACCUUUACAAGUAAUGCCGCCAGGAAAAGUACCAUCUGGAGUGCCGCUUGAAGAGAUCAAAGAAGGAGAGGCACUAGAAGAAUUGAAAGAAGAAGGAAGGCCACUAGGAAAAAUUGAGAAAAGAGGAACUACCAGAAGAAAUAAAAGAAGAAAAAGAGACAUUAGGGAGGAAGCCGUUCAGAGAAAAGAAAGAACACAAAGAGAAGAACAACCAGGGGGAGGACAACCAGGAGAAAUGCCAGUGGAAGGCGAACCACCAGGAAGGGAGCGACCAGCAGAAGAAAUGCCAGGGGGAGGACCACAAGGGGAAAUGCCAGUGGAUGGAGAACCACCAGGGAGAAGUCCACAAGAAGAAGAGCCACCAGGAGGAGAGCUACCAGGAGAGACAUUGCAAGAACCACCAGGAGGAGAACAACCAGGAGGAGGACUACCUGGAGGGGAGCUACUGGGAUCAUUGCUAAAUUUGGGAGGAGGGCUAUUACAAGGACUGCUAAAUGGGGGAGGGAUACCAGGAGGAAUGCCGCCACCUGGAGGAGGGCCUUUAGGAGAGCCACCAGGAGGAGGGCCGACAGGGGGAGGGCCAACAAUGGGAGAACAACUAGGAGGAAUGCCAUCGGGAGGAAGCGCAUGUGGUUGUGGUGGGUCACAC